CGUACUGGCCCGACCCGGCCCAAGUCUCAAUAUUACCCACCACCCUCCGAAUCAGAUCAUCAUCAUCAGUCUCGAACUCUGCCGUAGUGUAGCACAGUACACUCCCGCGGUCCCACCAGCUCAACUCAAGUCGGCAGAUCCGUCCGCCGCCUGCGCUCCCACGCCAUUCUCUGCCGACGAGAGCUCCGCCGCAGAUUUGCUCCCCCGGAUCUGCUGUCGAGAUGGAUAGAGAAGCCAAGAAAGAAGGUUUUAGGAAGUAUCUUGAAUCCAGCGGCGUGCUCGAUACUCUCACGAAAGCUCUUGUUGCGCUGUAUGAGGAGAACGACAAGCCAUCAUCUGCAGUCGAGUUUGUUCAGCAGAAAUUGGGUGGUCCAUCGAUUUCCGACUAUGAAAAGCUCAAAGCCGAGAAGUUGGAUUUGCAACUGAAGUAUAAUGAGCUUUUGGAGACUCACAAGGAAACAAGUAGACAGGACAGCUGAAUGUUGGGCUGGGCUGUGUGCGCUGUGGUGUGCUCGCACCUCACGUUGCCAUGGGAAUAUCAGUACAAGCUGCUUUACUUGUUAAGUAGUUAUUCACAGAGCUACAGAAAAAUAAGUUCUGCUAGAUUAAAUAGUUCUUUUAGAUCAUCUAGAUGGAAAUAGUUGCCUUACCAUUUCCAGUCGAAGCAAAGUUUACAUUUGA